AUGCUGGGUUUGCAAACUCAUGGUUUAGACAGGUAUGAGCAUUAUGUGCGUCGUCCGUCGGAUUUUGGCAAGCUCGAAUUACAAGAUUGGUUAAAUAAUAGAUCAUUCCGAGUUUCGCCCAAUUUACUGAUCGAUUCCGAUAUCACACGAGACUGGAACGAUCCUGAGCUGUUUUAUCAAAGCGUGGGUGACCCCGAUACUUGGGCAAGGCCAUGUAGAGAAUCAAAGCUAGAACCAUCAAUGAUGAUGCUUAGAUACCACGAUUCAAACAUUGGUCGAAUACCUCAAGUUUGCUAUCCUAUAACUAGUCCAAUAGACUCUAAACCGGUGUUAAAAUACAUUUUGCAAGAACGUGCAAAUUUGUCAAACAAUUUCCCUCAGAAGUAUAACGCCCUAAUUAGUGGUUUCUUUGACGUUGAUAAAAACCCUGAGACUUUAGAUGAUUCAGAUAUAGAAGCAUUAGAUGAAACGAGAAUGUGCGAUGACAGUGAUGACACCCAAGAACCCAGAAUUGAGUUAAGAUCAUUAGAGGAAAUCCAACAAAGACAAUCUAGCUUAAUAGUAUCCAACAAUGGCAUCUUUGAAACAGGUAGCACAUCAACAACCUACAUACGAUAUGGCAUAGCCGAUAGCGUAGCCAUCAAACCCAACAAAGUGGCAAGUUUGCUCUUGCUCACUCAAAUAAGCGGGCAUUUAUUAGCUCUCUUACCGCUAAAUGAUGGUGAAGAGACAUAUCUCCUACAAUAUUGGAAUCUGGGGCAAAAAGGUCAGUGGAAUAUAAUCAAACACCAGAACGAGAAGCAGUUUGUUCUUAUACAUAAGGAACUAGGUCUUUGCAAAUUUUUUGAGUUCCAUUUACCGUUCACUUUUCAGUUAGUGAACAAUUUAACAUUGACUGAUUCUCUUAUAAUGAACGGUUCUUUUUUCCCAACAAUUUAUUCAGAUUUGGAUCCGUAUUUCAUUAUUUUUAUAACAGCGGUAAGGUAUGACAGGAUUGUCUAUUUUGUGAUAGAAUGGAAUAGUAAUGAAAUAAAGAAAAAAGAGGUUUAUCAAUUGACUGUGUUUGAUGGAGAGAAAACGAAUAUGAUUGUUCCCAUUGGACUAAAUGCCUGUCUAGUCGAAACGCCGUUAAGAUUCUCUCUAGUCUCUGCUAACCAAAUCAUGUCUGGAGAAACUGAAUUUCGCUCAUUCCAACUAAAAGCUUUAAAAGGAAUCAAGUCAUUCUUCUCAGCUCCUCUAUUACUAGCAAAGUUACAGGAACUGGAUUCACAUACGUUUGGAAAAUAUCAAUAUUGUACCAUAAUAUCAUCCUCAACAGGCAAUAUUUGCUUCUGUGUAACUGAACGAUCGACAAUAAUAAAUGGAAAUUUGAAAUUAUAUGAGCUAACAAGGUUUAAGGGAUUAAAAUCUAUUUCGUCACUACCUUCAAAUGCAAUAAACCUAAACCAUAAGUCGUCGAGUUAUGCGCUAAUAGUUAUAAGUUUUAGUAGAACGUUGGAAUUAACAUUGACUUUAGAAGAUUUGAAAUGUUUAGACACAAGGGAUGUUGUUAAGCCAUUGAAAAAUAUUAUAUUCAAGCACACAGUCGAUAGUUCCACAGAGGAAAACUCUCAAAUUUUAGCAUUCACAUCUUCUAAAGUUUAUAAUACACAUACGGGCUCUAAUAUUAAUGAUACAAAGAAUUCCCAAAUUUGGCUUACCUCAUCGAAUGCAAUCACUCAACCUUGCAUUGACUAUAAACUAAGGAAGACUCAUCAAAUUGUUCACUUAAAACAGUUUCAAAUUUUUAAAGAUCUGAAAAUUUGGAAAUGUAAAGAUCUUAAUCUCACCCUUUUGCAUAGACUCGGAAUAAAACAUUCGAAAACAGAAAGUUCACUAAUCUUUGCGACUGAUGCCGCUUCUAAUAAUAGAAUUUUUCUACUAGAUUUAACCAUGACAACAACUAUCAACAAUGAUGACUCCGUCCAAGGAUUAAUUAAUAUAGAAGAUUUGUUAUGUAAUACUGAAAACGAAACUAUUCUUUUAGAUUUCACGAAGAAGAACUUGAUUCAAGUAACUAGAAAUAAGAUUUACAUUGAUCCCAUUGACAGUGAUAGAAGUUUUUUUGAGAUUUCUCCUGGUUGGGAAUUCGAGUAUGCCACAUGCAAUAACGGCAUUCUGAUAGUAUGGAACACCAAGCUUGGAAAUAUUUCCUUCAUUGAAAACGUGGAUAAAAUCGAUGAAUCUAACUUUUCUACUUCACUCUUAACCAGUGGCGAAAGAAUGAACAUGUUUUUCAAACAGUUGGGUGCCAUGACAAAUGUAAAGUUUGAAAUAAAAGAGUUUAAAAAAGAUCCUAUUGAGUAUGAAAUUUGGAUAUUUUUUUCAGGUCGAAUCAUUCGUACACCCUUUUCUAGUUGGAUUAAUGAUUCACUGGACUUUUCCAAUGAAUAUAAUUUGAAUGCCCACCAGGUGUUGAUUAAUGGUUCUUAUCUCUGUGCUCUCGAUUAUGAAUCAUUUUUUGAAGCAUAUACCUUUGAAAAGAACCGUUUAGAAAAAGGUUCCAGAUGUACCAGCAGAGUUAAUUUUCAUGGCAAAGACAUUGAACUUAGAAGUUUUAGUGAGAACCAAUGCUUGGCAUUCAGUGCGUUUGAAAUAUUUAUUAUUGAUUUAGCCCCGAUUUCCCGAAGUAAAGAAUUGGAUUUUUAUAAGCUGAAACUGCCACACUUGGGAAAUUUCAAUUCGAUUAUUGAAGUCUACCCAGAUGCUGAUAACAACCGAUUAUUCGUUCUCUAUUCUGAUGGCCUAAGAAUUCUUGAACUAUCAUAUCUGACCUCAAAUAAUGGAAACUUCCUAUUAAAGUCCACAAGAAGCAAGAAUAAGAAGUUCUUGUAUUUGGACAAAAUAAACCGAAUGCUGGUAUUGAAUCAGGACCUGCGGGAAUGGGAGUGCAUUAGGUUAUCAGAUGGUAAGGCAGUGUGUUUAGAUUCUCGAUUUCUCAAAGAUAAUUCCGAAGAAAUCCUAGAAAUAAAGGAAAUACCAGUAGCAAUUGAUGAUAAUCCUUUAGAAAAGAAAACAAUACUAUUGAUUUCUUUCACUAGCUCACUUAAAUUAGUUUUAUUAACUGCUGCCAAAAACAAAAUCACGAAUGAAAUAAUAGACUCGUACGAACUAGAGAAUUCAAGGCUCCUGAAUCAUUUGGUUGUUACUUCUAAAGGUGAAAUAUUUGUUCUAGACUAUAAAGUUUUGGGCACUGAUAAUGAAAUGUCCUUCAGCAAGUUGAAAGUGACAAAAAAUUGCAAUCAUAUGAGUGAGGGAAAAUCCAAGGGUAAUCUACGUAUUACUUUAGAGAACAGAUUUACAUUUAGCAGUUGGAGUACAGUCAAGACAUUCACAGUAGUAGGCGACAAUAUCAUCGCUACCACAAAUCUAGGUCAAAAACUUUAUCUAAUCAAGGAUUUCUCAUUGACAUCCAACGAACCAGCAAGAGUAUACCCUUUAGAGAUAUAUCCUGAUUCUAAAGUUCAGAAAAUAAUACCUUUAAAUGAAUAUUGUUUUGUUGUUGCAGCACAUUGCGGCAAUAGAAAUGAUUUAGACUCCCGACUAAUUUUCUAUUCUUUGCCCACUAUCAAGAUUGGACUCAACAACGAAACAGGUAGCUUGCCAGAUGAAUACGGGAACGGAAGAGUUGAUGACAUAUUUGAGGUUGACUUUCCUGAAGGAUUUCAAUUUGGCACGAUGGCUUUGUAUGAUACUCUGCAUGGAGACAAGCACACAAAUCGUUUAUAUGAUGACACAGAACCAGACAAUAAUGAAGUAGAGAUGGCGCUAAGACGGCGCAAAAAUUUAUUGCUCUUUUGGCGCAAUCAUUCUGCCGCACCGAAACCACCACUAAGAAGAGCCACCACAAUUGUCUAUGAGGAUCAUGUAUCAUCCCGUUAUUUUGAGGAUAUAAGCUCUAUACUAGGAAGCACUGCAAUGAGAACAAAAAGACUCUCUCCUUACAACGCCGUAGCACUAGAUAAACCGGUCCAAGAUAUUACUUACGAUCCAUUAGCGCAGACUUUAUAUGUGUUAAUGGCGGAUCAAACUAUUCACAAAUUCGGCAAGGAUAGACUACCUUACGAAGACUAUUACCAGCCAAGAUGGAAUUCAGGCUAUUUAAACUCAAAAAGGUCAAUAAUCAAACCUGAUCUCAUCUGUGAGGUCGGGUUAUGGAACCUUAGCGACGAUACUAAGAACACAGUAUAA